AUGCGGCUCCGAGAGACACAAAAGAUCGUGCUGCCGCCCACGGCGGACAUGCAUGUCCACCUCCGCCAGGGCGAGAUGAUGAAGCUGGUGACUCCCUCCAUCAGGCGCGGGGGUGUCGACACCGUCUUCGUCAUGCCAAACCUGCAGCCCCCUAUCCGGACUGUGGAGCGUGCUCUCGAGUACAAGUCCGACCUCCAGUCGAUCGAGCCCGACGUGACCUACCUCAUGUCGCUCUACUUCCACGCAGAACUGACCCCCAACGUCGUUGCCGAAGCAGCCAAGGCUGGGCUGGCAGGCAUCAAGGUCUAUCCGCAGGGCGUCACCACCAAUUCGGAUGCCGGCGUUGCCUCUCUCGACGGCUUUGAUGAUAUCUUCGAGGCCAUGCAGCAACACGACCUCGUGCUCAACCUCCACGGCGAAGUCGUCGGUACCCCUGCUCAAGGGCUCACCCACGAGGAGGCUUUCCUGCCCACGCUCAAGUCCAUCCAUGCCAAGUUCCCAAAGCUACGCAUCGUCCUCGAGCACUGUUCAACAGCCGCUGCCAUCGAGGCUGUGAGGGGCUGCGGCCCCUCUGUUGGCGCCACGAUUACGGCUCACCACCUGUACCUCACAGGGGACAUGAGCAACGUCGACCCGCAUGCUUUCUGCAAGCCCAUCCCCAAGACACCCGAGGACAGGGAUGCUCUCCUAAAGGCAGCGACGAGCGGCGACAGCAAGUUCUUCUUUGGGACAGACAGCGCGCCUCAUCCUCUGGCGUCCAAGAGUGCGCAGGGCAUGGCGCCCCCUGCGGGUGUGUUCACGCAGCCGUACGCCACGCAGCUUGUGCUGCGGGCUUUCGAAGAGGCUACCGAAAGAGGGAUUGUCGCCGAAUCAGACGUCACACGGGAGAAGCUCGAGGGGUUCUUCAACAAGUUUGGUCGUGCCUUCUACAAGCUAGAUGACAAUAGUGUCAACGGGCCCAAGAUUGUUUUGGAGAGGAAAGGGGAGAAGAUCCCUACGAGCAUUCAGGGCGAGGAGGGUCUGGAAGUGGGUAUCUCGAGAUCGGGGGACGAGGUGUUUUCGUUGCGCUGGGAGAAAUAA